CGUUGCUUGAAAGUGUCCGGGUUUCACUUAUUCGUGUUCUGAAAGGGAAUUGUGGUAUCCUCAUUCCUUCCUUUAGUAUUCCACUGGCCACUACGUAACCAUGCCUACGAUAGUAGUGAUGGAUGUUUCACUUUCCAUGACAAGACCUGUCCCAGUUGAAGGGUCAGAAGAAUUCCAGCGGAAACACCUGGCAUCUCAUGGCCUCACAAUGCUGUUUGAACAUAUGGCCACUAACUAUAAACUAGAGUUCACUGCUCUGGUUGCAUUCUCCUCUCUUUGGGAAUUAAUGGUCCCUUUCACAAGAGAUUACAAUACACUACAGGAAGCAUUAAGCAAUAUGGAUGACUAUGACAAGACUUGCCUGGAAGCAGCUCUUCAAGGAGUUUCUAGUGUGGUGCAACAGGAGUGGGGGGCAUCUAUUCCAUGUCAGGUUGUACUGGUUACAGAUGGUUGCCUUGGUAUUGGAAAAGGGUCUUUACACCACUCACUAGCAACUUUGAAUCAGCGAAGUGAAAAUAAUCGCUUUCCUCUGCCCUUUCCUUUUCCCUCCAAGUUGUACAUAAUGUGCAUGGCAAAUCUGGAAGAGCUGCAGAGUUCAGAUUCAUUGGACUGUCUUGAACGGUUAAUUGACUUGAACAAUGGAGAGGGCCAGAUCUUUACUAUUGAUGGGCCUUUGUGUCUGAAGAAUGUUCAGUCUAUGUUCGGAAAGCUGAUCGAUGUUGGAUACACUCCGUUUCAUGCAAUUCUUAAGUGUGGGAACCUUUCAUCAGAUGUCCAGGUUUUUCCAAGGCCAGAAUCUUUUAUUAUAGAUGAGGAGAUAGAUCCUAUCCCCAAAAAUAUUAACACAGACCUGGAAGUUGUGGGAUUUAUUGAUAUUGCAGAUAUUUCUAGCCCCCCUGUUUUAUCACGUCACUUGGUCUUGCCCAUUGCUCUAAACAAAGAGGGGGAUGAUAUUGGAACUGGUCUCACAGAUGACAUUGAGGAUGAAAAUUCAGCAAAUCAGAUUGCAGGAAAAAUUCCAAACUUCUGCGUUCUUCUCCAUGGCAGCCUGAAGGUGGAGGGAAUGAUUGCGUUAGUCCAGUUGGGCUCAGACUGGCAUGGUAUGCUCUACUCUCAAGCAGAUAGCAAGAAGAAGUCCAACUUGAUGAUGUCUCUGUUUGAACCUGGGCCUGAGCCCUUACCCUGGUUGGGAAAGACAUUGCAGUUGGGGCCAAUAUCAGAUGCCAAGGAGAAUCCAUAUGGGGAAGAAGAUAACAAAAGUCCAUUUCCCCUACAACCUAAAGCAAAAAGAAGCUAUGCUCAGAAUGUGACCGUGUGGAUCAAACCCAGCGGACUACAGACGGAUGUGCAGAAGAUUUUGAGGAAUGCAAGGAAACUCCCAGAAAAAACUCAGACCUUCUACAAGGAACUGAAUCGAUUGCGAAAAGCAGCUUUAGCCUUUGGUUUCCUGGACUUAUUAAAAGGCGUGUCUGAUAUGCUGGAGAGAGAGUGCACUCUCUUACCGGACACCGCACAUCCUGAUGCUGCCUUCCAGUUGUCACAUGCUGCAGCGCAACUCAAGCUCGCAAGCACAGGAAACUCCGACCAUUCUGCUUAUGAUCAUAACAUUGUCCCAUUGCAGACGGAUUUCUCUGGUCGAGGUUCAGACAGAAUGUGAAAUUGCUUUGAGUUCUUAUUAAGAGUUUGGUACCAUAUAACAACUACUUUUGAAUGGGAUGUAGGGCUCUUGGACAAAGAACAUCUCACACGUCUCCUUAGUCUUAUUGCUUGUCAAGCUAAAAGCACAGAAUACAAUAUCAAACAUGACAUUGCUACAGGCUGGAUCACGUCUCCUGCAGAAGAUAUUGCAGUUCAAAUACAAACAUUGAAUGCUGACCUUGGAACUGUAAAUAUUUGUUGGUGCCGGUCAAGAAUCUUGGUACAAGGUGUAAUAAGACUGGGACAGUGCAUGGAAACACGAUGACAUGAAAACUGUUUGACAUAUGGUGGCUUCACUGUGUCACUUCUGUAUUGAAGAGGGACUGACUCAAGUUACAAAUGAGUUAUUAAUGUAUGAUUCUUAUAUACUUGCUCUUGUUUCUUCUUUUUCCACGCAAGUAUUGCACCUAUGUGGUUUAUAUACAGUACUAAGGUGAAGACGACAUGUUUUCACAAAUGAAAAGGGAUAUUAAAGGGACAGUAAAGUCAAAAUUAAACAUUCAUAAUUCUGAUAGAGCAUGCAGUUUUAAACAACUUUCCAUUUUACUUCUAUUAUAAAAUUUUCUUUGUUCUCUUGGUAUCUUUCAUUUCAGAGUGUGCUUGUGUCUUUAGUACUCUAUGGCUGCAGUGUUUGCAACAUUGCAUAACACAGCUACCAAUAAUGUUGCAAACACUGCUGCCAGAGUACUAGAGACACUUGCACACUGCUGGGCCUACCUAUUGUUACUCUCAAUAAAAGAUACCAAGAGAACAAAGCAAA